AUGGCGACUACUGUACGGCAGCCGAAGCCCACAAGGAAGGGAGGACCGUCAGACGCCUCUCGCCGCACCCCGGCCUGGUCGACAGGUGCGAGGGCUUCCCCUACGUUCACUCCCCCAGCAAAUUUCAAUCGCCCUACGCGCACGGUGACACCAUCAAGCCAAGACCGAAUUCUUCAGAACCUUGCCGGAUUGACCGGUACCACGAUUACUCUCGCUACUAGGACUGGUCAGCGAUACGAAGGCGUUAUUGGGUCCACGGGCGGCGAAGGCGACACUACCGGUGUAACAUUGAAGGACGUGAAGGAGUUAACGAACCCUGGUGCACCCCUCAAGGACACUCUUUUUAUCGCAUCUACUAACAUUGACACCUGGACGUCUGGACCGGCCGAUUCUAAACCGACGACUAACGGAGAUUCUUUUAAGACCGACGUUGACAUCAGCCAGAAAAGCCAGACUAUGAAGCACCGGGAGCUGCAAGCAUGGAAACCUUCGGCUGAUGUUCCUGAACCUAGUGUAAACUUCCAAGUGGGCAACGGCGACGAUCGUACGUUUGGUGUUGGCUCAAAUGGUGGCUGGGAUCAAUUUGCUGUCAACGAGCAACUUUAUGGUGUAAAGACCCAAUUUGAUGAGGAGCUAUACACGACCAAGCUUGAUCGGUCUGCAGCCGAUUUCAAGGAGAGAGAACGGAAGGCCCAGCGUAUUGCAAAUGAGAUCCUGGGGGGUUCUACCAGCAAUCCCCACGUCGCGGAGGAGAGGAAUCAAAUUGUUGAUGAUAGCGGUGCUAACGAGGAAGAUAAAUACAGUACCGUUGUCCGCGGACGAGACGCCUACGUUCCUCCAGGCGCCAGGAAGCCGGGAGUGACCUCGCCUCCCAUUAGCAAUGCGGCAAAAACUGCAGCUGAGAUUCCAAAGGUUUCCAUCAAUGGUCCGGACGGUUCUUCACUGCCUUCGCAGCAGGAGCAAUCCAGCACUCCCUCCAACUCUUCGAAAGCCCCAUCCCCCGCGCCUUCUAACUCGACCAAGCCUCCUGCUGACCCACUCCCAGCAUUCCGCGACUUUGUCACGAACGAGAAACAACGCCUGACCCAGAAGAGACAAGCCCUUGUUAAGAACGAAAUGGACAAGCGUAUGGCAGACCUCGUCAAGUUUAGUCAGAACUUCAAGCUGAAUAAACCUAUCCCUGACGAUCUUGUGCCAAUUCUAGCCAAGGAUGAAGAGAAGCAGAAGGCCAUCCGGGAGAAGGCAUCAAAAGAUGCUGCUUCAGCGCAAGCUCGGUCUAUUGGUUCAGUGUCGGCUGCUGGUCCCGCGCCUGGUGCCCGUGCUCCGACUCAGUCUUCGAAAGCGUUUGAAGCCCGUAAAGCCGCUGCACCAUCGACUGGUGUUGCAGCCAAGACUACGACUGGCGCUCCGGCCGCAGCCCCCUCUGCGAACCAGAAACCUUUGACAGCCUCGGCGAAGCCAAACGGCGCGACUGAGACCAAUGCUGGGAAGAAAACGUCAAGCAUGUUUAUCCAAGCGAUACCUCCUUUCAAAGGCAGCAAAGCUCGUGCGCCUGCGACCGCCUCCGUCGCACAACCAAACGGUAGCUCUCAACAGCAAGCUGCCGCUCAAGCAAGUUCUGCCGCGCAGCCACAGUCUGCUGUCCCAUUGUCGCCAACUAGCGCCAAUCGACUUAACGUUGGUGCUUCACCUUUCCGACCAAAUCCCAUGGCAUCAGCGUUCAAACCCGGUGCUCCUUCCAGUAAUGGUGCCUCGAACGGCUCCGCGUCUUCCGUAUCACCUAAACAAUCCAAGGCUGAAACCACCACCGCCCCUUCGACUCCCAACCCCUUCUUUGGACCGCGCAUCAUCAAGAAAAAUACACCUGUGCAUGUAAAGGAUGAUUUCAACCCUUUCAAGCACAACAAAGUUGCGGAAGCCACUAGUGUCGCUGCGCUCUGGCCCUACAAUGGCAAGCGAUACAUGCAAAUGUUCCCUCCACCUCAACACCCCCCUCAGCAGCAUUCACCGCAUAUGGGACCUCCCGGACCCCCUCCCAUGGCACCCCCGACGUACGAAGAAGACUCCGCUGCCCAAGCCGCCGCUCGUAAUCAACAACAGCAGCAAUACAUUUACUACCCACCAUAUGGUUAUCCCCCCAUGAUGCCUGGCAUGGUUCCUCCUGGUCCCCCAGGUGCUUACGUGCCCAAUCCUUUCAUGCAACCGAUGCCCUAUCCUCCUGGAAUGCCUCCCCCAGGAGCCAUGUAUGCCUCCCCGUCAAUGGGUCAGAUGCCGCCCUACAUGCAACCGCCUCCCCCAGGAACAUAUCCGCUACCCAACGGUGCUGGCCCGCGCCCAUCGAUGCCGCCAACACCUAUUCCAGGACAUGCCCACCCCGGAUACUAUCAGCAAAGCCCUCAACUGCAGCACGCAGUGCCCUACCAAAUGAUGAUGCCACCACCCGGCGGGCCUAAUAUGCCUCCUCAUCAAUACGACCAGGGCCCGGCACCACCUGUGCAAAUGGGUGGACAUGCGUAG